UACUGAGGACGUACGUAGAUUGUUCGAUGGAGAAUCUCCGGAAGGCGCCGCUGCGGCCUUGGAAGAAGGGGCCAGCGAGGGGCAAGGGCGGGCCCCAGAAUGCCUCCUGUGAGUACCGCGGCGUCCGGCAGAGGACGUGGGGGAAGUGGGUGGCGGAGAUUCGCGAGCCGAAGAAGCGGACGCGCCUCUGGCUCGGUUCCUUCGCCACCGCCGAGGAGGCCGCGCUGGCCUACGAUGAGGCGGCGCGACGGCUCUACGGCCCCGACGCCUACGUCAACCUGCCCCACCUCCGCGCUACGUCCGCCUCCUCCCACCUGCUCAAGCCGAGCGCCUCGUCGUCGCACCUCCACGGCAGGCCUUUCAAGUGGCUGCCGGCCGCCUCCAAGGGCGGCGUCACUGUGACCUCAGCCACUGGCGCCGCCGUCCCCUCCUGCGGCCUCCUCAACCUCAACGCCCAGCACAACGUCCACGUCAUCCACCAGCGCCUCCAGGAACUCAAGAACAAUUCCGAAAAUAAAACGAGGCCUCCUCCUCCUCCUCGUCCUCCUACUCCUCAGCUUCUCUCUUCCACCGCCUCCUGCAGUAAUUCAGGCGGCGGGUUCCGGACGCCAUUGGCGCCGAUAGAGACGCAGCUGGAGAUCUCGCUAGGUGGAGACCGCCGAGGCAUCGACCAAGUGGUGGAUCCGGCGCCGGCGAGAGCGGAGAAACCGCAGAUUGAUCUGAAGGAGUUCCUGCAGCAGCUAGGGGUGCUGAAGGCGCCGGAGGAGGAGAAUAGCAGAGAGGCGGAGCCUGUGCUUAUGCUGACGCGGGAAGAGGAGGCGAGUGGCUGUAACAGCGGGACGGUAUCGAUGGACCAGGGCAGCGCAGGGGGCUCGGAGUUGCACCAGAUGGGCGGCGACUUCAACUGGGACACGUUGAUGGAGAUGCGGGCUUUGGAAGGCCACCCUGUCGACGAGGCGGAAGACGGCGGGGCGCCGCAGCUGGAUGACGUGCACGAUGACCUUGGAUUGCCCGUCUCCAUCUGGAACCUCUGAUCACCUGAACCCUGCUAUAUCUAUAUAUACACACUACUUCUACAGUUCAUCUAUGUGUUUCAUCUGGUUUUAUAGUCAGUCAUAUUUAAACUAUAUAUUAUCAUUGUAAUUAUAAU